AUGGGCCUACGGACCAUUGCGACGCACGACUGGCUGAGUCUCUUCGCCUCCUACCCGUCCUACAUACGCAUUCGCGAGGCUAGACACGAGCUGUAUGGUAGCUCGAGCUACCAGAUCGUCGGAGGGCCCUCCUUCAAACGGCACGAGGCAGCCUCGCUGGAAGCCGCACGAGCAAUUGCCUCAUUCCUAGCUCAAAAGUACCCGCAAUUCUUUGUGACGGUACCAGAAGGCUCUCACCUUUCGCCCGACGACGGCGCCCAGAUCACCGGCGUUCGACGCCUCGCCCAUCCUCAACUAGGUCUGCCGGCCAAGGAAUGGAAGCUGUACGAGGAAGAACUCGGCGGCGACAACGCCUGGCGGGUGGCGGGAGAACUCGUGCCCGAUGAUCUCGCCCUGCUCCUACCCGACCUCGAGGGCGAAGCCGAGGGGCAAUAUCGUUUUAUCGGCGGGAGCAUCUGUGCAGCGGGGUUCUGGCGCCUUGAUGAGAAGAUCGGUCUAACUCUGCGGCAGAUCCACCUCACUGGCAAAGUUGCGCAGUAUGAGGAGCGUCUCAUGGGGCCAAUGGAUCGCUGGUUUACAAAGCUUAAGCCAACGACGCUGGCCGAGCGCAACAAUUACUUCUUCCAAGUCUUUAGCCCUGAGGUCACAGACCCUCUUGCCCUUCUCGACGAGUUUCACCGUGGCACGCUGCAUCCAACAAAAGUCGGUGCAGAAGAUGCCGCGGCUCUGUCUCUGAGGGGCAAGCGAGGACAAGGAGCUUUGCACGAUCCUGUCGAGCUCUCUUGGUCCCACAGCUCCAAUGGUCCAGAGGCGCUCUUUGACCACACCGUCAAGCGCAGUGUCGUCAAGCCUGAGGACGGCAUCCAUUACGAGCGCCAGGCUCCGCCCGCAGCAACACGCCCGGAAGAAAUCGCGAUGCGGUCCGAGCGGCAGACACUGCGCAAGCUGCCCAAGUCUGGAGCCGUACUCUUUACUAUUCGUACGCAUUUGACCCCGAUCCCGACCAUGGCCAAGGAGCCCGGUGUGCCCGGUCGCCUUGCCAGUGCCAUGCGAAGUUGGCCAGAGGACGUUCAGUGGUACAAGGGAGUUAGGCGCUUCAGAGACGUCUGCCUGCCGUACCUGGACGCUGCCCACGAGGAGCAGGUCGCCUCUGGUAUCUUUACCGGCAGCGCCGAGGAGAUCCUGGCUGCUAAACGAGCGUAUCCCUUCUGA